AUGCAGCACUGGUGCGAGCAGCCGCACCACAUCUGGCUGCCAACGCGCGGUGGCCGCUACGGGCACAAGGAGGGUGGCUGGCACCGGCGGCAGGACUUGCCACCGCAGGUGCCGCAGCAGCCAGGUGAUGAGCUCUGGCGAGCAGGGCUGCAUGCGUGCGAUGGGGCCAGCCCGCAGCACCGCCAGCGUCCGAGCAAGAGUGYGCGUCACCCAGCUGAGGCGGAGGGGGUGCUGCGAGCACGGCGCCUGCUGAGCCAGGCACCAGCCAUGGUCCGYGCGCGGCUCCUGCUCCUGCUGCUGUGCAGCCCUGUCGUGGGCGCUGGGCAUCCGCCGCCCCCCGCCACGCCCCGUCUCAAACUGGCCUUCCCAGAGCUGCGGGCCCGCCACGGGCUGCRCCUCUACCAGCUGGAGCGCUCGUGCUGCUACAACGUGCUGCUGCUGGACGAGGAGCGCGGCCGUCUCUUCGUGGGGGCCAAGAACCACCUGGUGUCACUGAGCCUCGACAACAUCAGCCAACAGGACAGGAAGAUCUACUGGCCGGCACCUGUGGAGUGGAGRGAAGAGUGUAACUGGGCUGGCAAGGACAUCAACACCGAGUGCAUGAACUUUGUGAAGAUCCUGCACUACUACAACCGGACCCACCUGUACGCCUGCGGCACUGGUGCCUUCCACCCUACCUGCGCCUUUGUGGAGGUCGGCCAGCACACAGAGGACUCUAUCUUCAAACUGGACCUGCAGCACUCUGAGGAUGGCAAAGGGAAGAGCCCCUAUGACCCCYGGCAUGCAGCCGCGUCCGUCCUUGUGGGUGAGGAGCUCUAUUCUGGGGUGGCCACCGAUCUGAUGGGUCGUGACUUUACCAUCUUCCGCAGCCUGGGCUCGCGCCCGUCUAUCCGCACCGAGCAGCACGACUCCCGCUGGCUCAACGAGCCCAAGUUCGUGGAUGUUUUUUGGGUGCCUGAAAGCGAGAACCCUGAUGAUGACAAGAUCUACUUCUUCUUCCGCGAGACGGCAGUGGAAAGGCAGCAGGGGCUGGGCAAGACCAGCUUUGCCCGCAUUGGCCAGAUCUGCAGGAAUGACAUGGGUGGGCAGCGGAGCCUGGUGAACAAGUGGACGACAUUCCUGAAGGCACGGCUGGUGUGUUCGGUGCCGGACACCGAUGGUGCAGACACCCACUUUGAUGAGCUCCGUGACGUCUUCCUGUUGCAAACAAGGGACAAGCGCAAUCCUCUGGUCUAUGCCAUCUUCUCUACCUCCAGUUCCGUUUUCCAGGGCUCGGCCGUCUGUGUCUAUACCAUGGCUGACAUCCGUCGGGCUUUCCUGGGGCCCUUCGCACACAAGGAGGGCCCCAACUACCAGUGGGUGUCGUACCAGGCUCGUGUGCCGUACCCCCGCCCCGGUAUGUGCCCUAGCAAAACCUUUGGCACCUUCAGCUCCACCAAGGACUUCCCGGAUGAGGUGAUCCAGUUUGCCCGGCACCACCCGCUCAUGUACAACCCGGUGUUACCCCACGGCCACCGCCCCCUCUUCCUCCAGGCCAACACACCUUACACUUUCACCCGCAUUGCUGUGGACCGCGUCACAGCUGCUGACGGCCACUACGAUGUCCUCUUCAUUGGCACAGAUGUGGGAACAGUGCUGAAGGUGGUCUCGGUGCCCAAAGGGASUUGGCAGAGCAUGGAGGAACUGGUGCUGGAGGAGCUUCAGGUCUUCCAGGACUCGUCCCCCAUCACCAGCCUGCAGAUCUCCUCCAAGCGGCAACAGCUCUAUGCCAGCUCGGCCACGGCUGUGGCCCAGCUGCCGCUGCACCGCUGCAGCAUCUAUGGCAAGGCCUGUGCUGAGUGCUGCCUGGCCCGGGACCCCUACUGCGCCUGGGACGGCAACUCCUGCACCCGCUACGUGCCCAACACCAAAAGGCGUUUCCGCCGGCAGGACAUCCGCAACGGGGACCCCAACAUGCUCUGCUCUGAAGACCCCCAGCCGGGCAGCGUGCCCCAGAAGAAGCUCUACGGGGUGGAGGGCAGCAGCGCCUUCCUGGAGUGCGUGCCUAAGUCCCUGCGAGCCCGCGUGCUCUGGACGUACCAGCGCACCAGUGAUGCCCCCAAGCGUGAGGUGCAGCUGGACGAGCGGGUGGUGCGGACGGAGCGGGGCAUCCUGCUGCGCAGUGUGCAGCCCGCCGACGCUGGCCUCUACCUCUGCCACGCUGUUGAGCACAGUUUCACGCAGCCCCUGCUGCGACUCGUGCUGGAGGUGAUCGGUGCUCAGCAGGCCCCGGGGCUGCCGCUCACCGCCGAACCGGCAGGCCCCCCCGGCCGCAAGGUCUGGUACCGGGACUUCCUGCAGCUCGUGGACCACCCGCCCUUGGGGGCCAUGGACAAGGUGUGCGAGCGGCUCUGGAGCCGCGGGAGCCUUGCAGCCCGCAGGAGGCCGCYGCUGCCACCGCCGCUCAGCACCAAGGCCCGGCUGCCCAAAUGGCGGCAGCAGGCCGAGGAACCGCGCAAGGGCCGCAGCCGGCGCACGCACGAGGCGCCGCGCGCUGAGCGAGGGCCCCGCCACGCRGCCCCCUGGUGA